UGUUAGGAAAUAACAUAAUUACAUUACACUUUCUUCGUCAGACGCAUGUAUCACGAUGAUGUAUGCUCAGUUUACGAUAAUUUUAAUACUGGGAACGCUCCUCUGCGCUUAUUUAAGCAUAGAAGCUAAAGGAAUAUCCGAUAAGGCGCUGGAGGAUACCUCUUCUGAUAAUAACGUUUUUCCAAAGGACUUUCUGUUUGGUGUUUCGACUGCUGCGUCUCAGACGGAAGGCGCAUGGAAUGUAAGCGACAGAGGACCGUCUGUGUGGGAUGUCAUGAUUCAUGCGGAUCCGAGUUUACAACAGGACCGGAGUAAUUGGGACGUAGCGACUGAUUUUUAUCAUAAAUACAAAGAGGAUAUACGUUUGGCAAAAAGUGUCGGGACUCAAAUGUACAAGUUUUCCAUUUCGUGGUCAAGAAUUUUGCCGACUGGCAUCUUAUAUCAAUUCAGCAAAGAUGGUAUACAAUUCUAUAAGAAUGUACUUGAUGAGAUAGCAGCGAACGAAAUGAUUCCCAUGGUUACGUUGUUCCAAAUGGACCUGCCGAAUGAUCUGCAAAGGAUGGGCGGUUUUAUUAAUCCCAUGUUUGUCGACUGGUUCGAGCAGUACGCUCGACUUAUUUUCACCACUCUCGGCGAUCAAGUGAAACAUUGGAUAACCAUCAGCGAGCCGAAUCUGCAAUGCUUCGCUGGUUAUGGCGCCAAUUUUAUUCCGCAAUUAAAUUUAACAGGAUUCGGGGAUUAUUUGUGCGGGCAUCACGCCUUGUUGGCUCAUGCGAGAGUCUAUCAUCUAUAUGAUCGUGAAUUUCGUUCUAAACAAAACGGCAAAGUGGGAUACACUUUAUAUUUUAAUCCAAGCAUACCCCAGGAUCCAUCUUCACCAAGCGACGUAAACGCUACGUAUAUGGACUAUAUGUGGUUCAACGAGUGGAUGCUACAUCCUAUUUUCAGCAGUAUCGGUGACUACCCGCCUAUGAUGAAAGAAGUGAUAGCUGAUUACAGUCGUGCGCAGGGAUUUCUUACGUCGCGUCUGCCCAGUUUCACGAAGGAGCAGAUUCGCAACAUACGUGGUGCUUCGGAUUUCAUAGGGAUAAAUUAUUUCACGUACGAAAUAAUAAAGACAAUAUCCAACUUCGAUGUUAAUGUUGUGGCUUUUGAUACCGACUCCGGAGUAGAGUCUGUUGAAGAACAAAUAUAUUUCAGGGAUGCACCAUCAAUGCUGGGGAAAGUAUUACAGCGCGUAAACGAAGAUUAUCAUCCCACGAUUUACAUUACCGAAAAUGGUUUUCCUGAAUCCGCCUUAGAGGACAAAGCUAAGGUAGCAUACCUGCAAGGACACCUCGCAGAAGUAUUAAAAGCCAUACGGAAUGGCGUCGAUAUUCGAGGUUACCUGUUGUGGACGUUGAUGGAUAGCGUCGAACAAUAUUAUGGUACUCAACUAAAAUUUGGUCUUUUCCACGUCGAUUUUAAUCAUCCAAAUCUCACUAGAACUCCAAGACUGUCGUCCAAAUUUAUAACUCGUGUUUACCAAACACGACGUCUGGAUUAAGCAGCCUGAUAUUAAGCUCCGUUAUGCAUAUUGAAAAUAAUUAAUAAUAUAUUAUGUAAUAAAAUAUGUAAUAAUUUAUGAAGUCUAAAAAAUACAUAUUGACAUA